CCCAGUGAAACUAUCACAGACAUCAUCAAAGUAGUGGAGCAGCAAGGAACAGAUGCGUGGUGGACCCUUCCUAUUGAACAACUGCUGUCAAAAGAGGCUGUAGCAAAGGCUGGUGGUCACGAUAUUUCGGAUUAUGUCAAGGGACAGGAUGUCCUAGACAUCUGGUUUGACAGUGGAACUUCCUGGGCUCAUGUUUUGGAAGGUGCAGAGCAAAGAGCAGAUACAUACCUUGAAGGAAAAGACCAGCUGGGAGGUUGGUUUCAGUCCUCUCUAUUAACCAGUGUGGCAGUAAGGAAAAAGGCACCAUACAAGACUCUGGUAGUUCAUGGAUUUACUCUUGGUGAGAAAGGGGAGAAGAUGUCUAAAUCCAUCGGCAAUGUGGUUGACCCUGAUGUCGUUAUCAAUGGAGGCGAAGAUCACACCAAGGAUCCUCCGUAUGGUGCCGAUGUUCUCCGCUGGUGGGUGGCAGAAUCCAAUGUUUUUACGGAGGUGCUGAUUGGGCCUGUGGUACUUAAUGCUGCCAGAGAUGACAUCAACAAGCUCCGGAAUACACUGCGCUUCAUGCUGGGAAACAUGGAUGGCUUCAAUCCAGAGACUGAUUCCAUCCCCCCUUCAGAGAUGUACAUAGUAGAUCAGUACAUGCUGCAUUUACUGCACGAGUAUGGCAACAAGGUUACAAACGCAUACAAAGAGUAUGAUUUUAGCAAAGUUGUCCGAUUACUACAAGCAUUCUGUUCCAGAAACUUGUCUAACUUCUAUUUCAGCAUAAUCAAAGACAGGCUCUAUUGUGAAGAAGCAAAAGAUCCGAAGCGUCGCUCGUGUCAAACCGUGCUAGCACAGGCUUUGGACGUCGUGGUCCGGUCCUUUGCACCAAUCCUUCCUCACCUGGCAGAGGAGGUUUUCCAGCACAUCCCUUAUAAGAAAGACUCAGAGGGUGUGUUUCGUACUGGCUGGAUUAAUGCAAGCUCAGCAUGGAAGAAGCCUGGCAUUGAGGAAGCAAUAGAAGGUGCUUGUGCAAUAAGAGACUCUUUCCUGGGGUCCAUCUCUGGCAAGAAUGCUUUGGAAUAUGAAGUCAUCAUUGUAAUUGAGCCUGGAUUGCUGUUUGAAUUAAUGGAGGCACUGCAGGCUGAAGAAACUUCUGCUGUUUCACAGCUGAAUGAGAUAAUGAUGGCUUCCCAGACAACCCUGCUGAGCGAGCUACCCAAAGAAACGCCCACAGAUGCAAACAUCACCAAAGGGACCUUUCUGAUUAACUUGGAAGGUGGUGGCAUCUGUGAACAAUCUUCAUAUAAAGUUAUAGCCCGACCCAUUGCCAAAGCCAAAUGUCCUCGCUGCAGGAAAUACACUUCCGAGUCCUCAAGCACUCCCUGCCCACGGUGCCUCAAUGUCCUUGCUGGAAAAGGGAGCAAGUGAAGACAAAAUGCCUGUGCAGAAGCUGCUCCCAAGUCCUGAGUAUGGAAGCCUAACAUAGCCAUGGCUAACCAGCAGGUCUGCAUACUGAAACCUGUAGAACCAGAUGCUUGAGCCCCAGUCUGACCAGAAGUAUCAUGUAUUUUGGGGAACCUUAUGUGUAUAUAUAUAUAUAUAUAUGUAUAUGUAUAUAUAUAUAUACACACCUACUUGUGUAUAUCACUUUCCAGCUUAAUAAAAAGGGUGGUU